UCAAAGAUUGUUUAAGGUAUCAGGCUGAUUCUAAUAGUCAGUUUUCCAAUUUUUUACAUUAACAUUGUGAACACUUGUCUUUCUUAAACCCAUCUAAAUGCACAGGUGGCAGUGCUGUGACUGAAAACGUUGUCAAGAUGUCCACAAAGGUUUGCGGAGUCUGCCAUGCGAGCUUCUCUAACCUGAAGCAACACCUUACUGUAUCGCACACUAUACCUAAUAAGGAGGAAUUUAAGCUCCUCAUGAAGUAUGGAAAUGGACGAACUACAAAACGUUUAGACUGCAGCCUGUGUGGAAAAAAAGAUCUUGUCCGGCUGGACAAGCAUCUACAAGAGGCGCAUGACAUGUUUUCAAAAGAGGAUCGAGAACCCAUCUUAAAACAGUCAAAAAGGGCAGCAAUUAUUAAAGAACUUGCAGAACUUCGGAGCUCUGAGCCAGAUAAGCCAAUGAUUUCCGCCUUGGACAUGGGUAUUACCCAGGAAAAUGAGGAUGAAAUGCCAAGCUUUGAAGUGCAAAUGUCAGAAGACGAGGAAGAUUUGGAUGCCCAAGAACCCGGGCCCUCUUCUGCUUUCAUGGGGGUUACUGGCGGUCAGCAACUUUCUCCUACACCUAACCGUGGGUCCGACGACUCCGCCUCUUCCAGUUUGGAGACCAGCAUAAGGGUUACUGCCGGUGAGGAACUUUGUCCCACACCUGUCCCUGGGCCCGCCGACUCCGCCUCUUCCAGUUUGGAGACCGGCGUUAGCGAUACUGCCGGUCAUCUCACACCUGUCCCUUGGCCCCACGACCCCCCCUCUACCAGUGCGGAGACCAGCGUUAGCGAUACUGCCAGUCAUCUCACACCUGUCCCUGGGCCCCACAGCUCCAGCACUUUACGUGGCCCUACUGCUGGUCAGGUGCUGCUUUCCACCCCUCUUCGUGGGUCCCCCAAGUCUGUUUCAAGUUGCCAAGGCUGCAAGGACUUCUCUGUCAGGUUGCUGCAACUGGAAAAAAAAGUGGAGACAUUAAUGGGAGGACAUACCCCGACACGCAGACCAUUUAAACUAACGCUGUCUGCACAAAAAGGAGAGCAUGUCAACAAGGUGACAAAGGGGGAUCAUUUAUUUGACAGGAUUCUGAAAGAUUUCCAGAAGUUUAGGCUGGGCUCUAGAUCCGGAAAGAAAGACGCGGAAAAUGCUCGUCAGUCAGCGAGCCAUGGUCUGCGUUUCUGCAUGUAUAUGGCUUCUGGACUACCUACAAGUGCUAUUGCUGACGACCUAAAGUUCCUGACACAAAUCGACAAAUUGCGGGGUUUUACAGUGUACCUGUCCAACAAAGGCUACGCCCCAACAACAAUCAAAAAUAUGCUCAACAAUAUCAUCUUGUUUCUCCGCCACGUGGAAAACACAUUUCAAAAGGCCAGCAAGCUCAGCAAGAAGCACUUUCAAACACUGCAUUAUGAGCUGAAAAGGAUCGUGGCAGAUGUCCACAAAAAAUUAGUGGUCCAUCGCCAAAAGGUGUUACGCGUAAAGACAGACAAUCAGCUUAGCGCUAUGAAUGAAAACCAAUUCAUGAUUACCGCCAGGCGACGUAUUCCGCAACUGAUUGAAAGCGUACCUUGCCAUGAGGGGGAGGAGCACUCGAUUCUGAUGGGAUACAUCAUGGGCUACCUGGCCAUGCUGAGUGGACACAGAUCCAUUGCCAUCAACAACUUGACCAAGCAGCAGGUCAUCAACUGCGAGAGUUGGAAGAAUGGCAAGCACUUCCAAGUUCUGAAAUACACUAAUGUUCUGCAUUUUAUAUCCUAA